AAAACGCCACCACAGAGCACAGGUGAUAGACCGAGCCGUCGGUGGCAGCCUUUCGUGAUGGGAAACAUGGGAAAACUGCAAGAAUUUGACAUCACUUUUAAGGACAAUAAAGUUGUUUAUAGUCCUGGAGAUGCCGUUUCAGGCACGCUGAAAAUUACAACCGCCCAGGCUCUACUAUAUAAAGAUAUCAAGGUGAAUUGCCAAGGCUUCUGUGGUGUCACCAGCAAGAUCGACGACACAGCUUGGACAGUGAAAGAGCAGUACUUCAGCAGCACUCUCUCUGUGGCAGAUAAAGGAACCCUGAAACAGGGAGAUCACAGUUUUCCAUUCAAGUUUCUCAUUCCAGCCUCUAUUCCCACAUCCUUUGAAGGGAACUAUGGAAAAAUUAUGUACAGAGUGAGGGCUUUCAUCGACACUUCUCGCUUCUCUAAGGACUAUAAGACUGAGAAGCCUUUCUACCUGCUGAGUCUCCUCAACCUCAACGAAGUGCCUGACAUCCAUGGACCUAGUUCAUCUUCCGUUACUAAGACGUUCACCUACCUGCUGGGGGUGAAGACAGGAACGGUGGUGCUGAAGGCCCAGAGUGACAUGAAGGGCUACACUCCUGGUCAGGUCAUCAAACUGACCACAGAGAUCGACAACCGGUCUGGGAAAACCACGGGGACUGUGGUGGCCCGUCUCAUUCAGAAAGUGACUUACCAGACAAAGAAGCCUACCAUUGACUUGAGGACUUUAGUGCAGGUGGAAGGUACUGGGGUGAAGGCUGACAAACAAGCUGAGUGGAAGGAGCAGAUUAUUGUACCUCCUCUGCGCCAGUCAUCUAUGGCUGACUGUGGCCUAAUAAACAUGGAAUACUUUAUUCAAAUCUCUCUGAAAUCUCCUGUGGUAUCAUUUAUGUUACCCAUCCACAUUGGAAACAUCUCAGUGGACACCACGUCAGCACAGCUCUCCAGACCACCUCCCCAAACCCCUGAACCUCUUUACUCCUCUGUCAAGCCUGCCAAGCUAGAACACAGCAGCCGCUCUGAGCCAUCCUCCCAUAACCAAGGACCUCCUACUACUGCCCCUCGCCCUGCCCGCCGCCCAGCCCCAAAACCUGUUCCCAGGAUGAGAGUCUCCACUUCUUCCCCCAGUGCCCCUCCAGCUGAGAUGGACUAUCUGGCCAACUCCAUGCCCACCCUCUACCCACUACUACCGCCAGAGUACAGCACCUCCACACUCCCACAUGAAGCUCCUCCCAGCUACGUCGAGAGCUGUAUCAGCAACACAUAAACAUCAUGAAACAGGAGAGACUGACUGCUGGCAACUGUACACUGAAUAUUACAAUCAACCUCCCUACUAGAGGAUCAUGAUGCCAGGCAGCCCUCAAGUUAAUUAGUAUUGGUUAAGCAGCACCUUUUUACUGAUUGUUUUCACACAAUUUUAGCACUUUCAGGACAGUAAUAUGUUUUUACAUAAACCAUUUUUAUAGCUGGAGCCAUGUUUUUAAAGUUAAGUCGGUGUCAUAUAGGAUUAGUUUGGGGGUCUCCCGUGUGGUGUAGCAGUCUAAGGCACUGCAUCGCAGUGCUUGAGGGCUUCACUAAAGACCGGGUUUGAUCCCAAGCUGUGUCACAACCGGCUUUACUUGGCUCAUCACGCACUAGCAACUCCUUGUGGCGGGCCGGGCGCCUGCAGGCUGACUUCGGUUGUCAGUUGAACAGUGUUUCCUCUGACACAUUGUUGUAG